AUGAGCGUUGAUUAUCGACCGACAGUCUUUUUGCCGAAGACCGACUUCCCGAUGCGCGCGGGCCUGGCCAAGAAGGAGCCGCAGACCCUGGCGCGCUGGCAGGACAUGGACCUCUUCGAGCAGCAGCGCAAGCAGUCAGAGGGCCGGGAGAAGUUCAUCCUUCACGACGGCCCGCCCUAUGCAAACGGCCAUCUCCAUAUCGGCCACGCGCUGAACAAGAUCCUGAAGGACGUCAUCAACCGCGCGCACCAGAUGCUCGGCAAGGACGCGCAUUACGUGCCCGGCUGGGACUGCCACGGUCUGCCCAUCGAAUGGAAGAUCGAGGAGCAGUACCGGACCGCGGGCAAGGACAAGGACAGCGUGCCGCCGCUGGAGUUUCGCCGCGAAUGCCGCGACUUCGCUGAGAAGUGGGUGAAGGUCCAGACCGAGGAGUUCCAGCGCCUUGGCGUGCUGGGCGACUUCGAGCGGCCCUAUCUGACCAUGUCUUUCGACGCCGAAGCGCAGAUCGUCCGGGAGAUCGGCAAGUUCCUGCAGAACGGCGGCAUCUACAAGGGCUCGCGUCCGGUGCUCUGGUCGGUGGUGGAGCGCACCGCCCUGGCCGAUGCGGAGGUCGAAUACCACGAGCAUGUCUCCCAGACGAUCUGGGUACGCUUUCCGGUGGUGCGCAGCAAGGCGCCGCUGCUGGAGGGUGCCAGCGUCCUGAUCUGGACCACCACGCCCUGGACCAUCCCCGGCAACCGGGCCGUUGCCUUCGGCGAGGAGAUCGCCUAUGGCGUCUGGCAGGUCGAGACCCCGGGUGAGGGCAGCCACGCCGCGGCCGGCGAGAAGCUGGUGCUGGCCAAGGACCUGGCGGACACCGUCAAGGCCGAUGCCAGGAUCGAGGCCUGGACACACCUCGGCGAUCUCUCGGCCGACGAUCUGGCCGGUGCGGUCUGCGCCCAUCCCUGGCGCGGUUUUGCACCCGCUGCCGGCGGCUACGACUUCGACGUCCCGGCGCUGGCCGGCGAUUUCGUCACCACCGAGCAGGGCACCGGCUUCGUCCACAUCGCGCCCGGGCACGGCGCCGACGACUGGGCGCUCGGCCUGCAGCACGGCAUCGAAAUUCCGCAGACCGUCGAUGGCUCCGGCACCUUCUACGACCACGUGGCCCUGGUCGGCGGCGCGGUGGUCUACGACGAGAACGGCAAGCCGGGCGACGCCAAUGGACGGGUCAUCGCGGCCCUGGCGGAAGCAGGCCGGCUGCUGCACCGGGGGAAGCUCCGGCACAGCUAUCCGCAUUCCUGGCGCUCCAAGGCGCCGCUGAUCUUCCGCAACACCCCGCAGUGGUUCAUCUCCAUGGAGACCAACGAACUGCGGGAAAAGGCGCUGAAGGCGAUCGAUGAAACGCGCUUCGUGCCGGCGACCGGGCGCAACCGCCUGCGCUCGAUGAUCGAGCAGCGUCCGGACUGGUGCAUCUCGCGCCAGCGCCUCUGGGGCGUGCCGCUGCCGAUUUUCGUCGACAAGAAGACCGGCGAGGCGCUGCGCGACCCGGCAGUGAUCGAAAGAGUCGCCACCGCGUUCGAGGAAGAGGGCGGCGACGCCUGGUUCUCCAGCGAUCCGCAGCGCUUCCUCGGUAACGAGUACAACGCCGAGGACUACGAGCAGAUCACAGACGUGGUGGAGGUCUGGUUCGAUUCAGGCUCCACCCACAGCUUUGUCCUGGAGGCACGGCCGGAACUGAAGUGGCCGGCGGACCUCUAUCUCGAAGGCUCCGACCAGCACCGCGGCUGGUUCCACACCUCGCUGCUGGAAUCCGCCGGCACGCGCGGGCGCGCGCCCUACGAGGCGGUCCUGACCCAUGGCUUCAUCCUGGAGGAGCAGGGCAAGGAAAAGAUGUCGAAGUCGAAGGGCAACGCGCUCUCCCCGCAGGAUGUGGUGGACAACCAGGGCGCCGAUAUUCUUCGGCUCUGGGUGGUUGCCUCGAACUACGAGGAAGACCUGCGCUUCGGGCCGGAGAUCCUGAAGUAUCAGGGCGACGCCUACCGCCGGCUGCGCAACACACUGCGCUUCCUGCUGGGCAACCUCGACGGCUUCCAGGAAAGCGAGCGCCUGGACGCCGAGGAGAUGCCGGAACUGGAGCGCUGGGUGCUGCAUCGCCUGGCGGAACUGGACCGGCAGGUGCGCCGCAAUGUCGAGGGUUUUCACUUCCACGCCCUUUAUCAGGCGGUCUACACCUUCUGCGCCGUCGACCUUUCGGCCUUCUACUUCGACGUCCGCAAGGACGUGCUCUAUUGCGACCGGCCGGAUUCCCUGCGCCGGCGCGCCUGCCGCACGGUGCUGGACGAGGUUUUCUCCUGUCUCACGGCCUGGCUGGCGCCGAUCCUCUGCUUCACCGCCGAGGAGGCCUGGUGGGCGCGCGGCAAGGGGCCUGAGGCCAGCGUUCACCUGCGCACCUUCCCGGAGGUGCCGGCAGGCUGGCUCGACGAGGCCCUGGCCGCCAAGUGGUCGAAGGUGCGUGAUGUCCGCCGGGUGAUCACCGGGGCCCUGGAGCUGGAGCGCGCGGACAAGCGUCUCGGCUCCAGCCUGCAGGGGCACCCGGAAGUCUUCGUCGCCCGGCCGGACCUGCUGGCCGCCGUCGCCGACGUCGAUAUGGCGGACAUCGCCAUCACCUCGGCGAUCACCGUGACCGAGGGCGAAGGCCCGGCGGAGGCCUUUCGCCUGGACGAGGUUGCCGGCGUUGCGGUGACUGUGCGUCUGGCCGAGGGCGAGAAGUGCGAGCGCUGCUGGAAGGUGCUGCCGGAGGUGGGCAGCAUCCCCGAGGCGCCCGGGACAUGCCGGCGCUGCGCCGAUGCCGUGCAGCACCUCGGCGCCGCGGCGCAGUAG